UACUGAAUAUGGACAAAAUUUGCGCAGUCCAUAGAAAAUGAGUGUUACAGCGCAAUGUCCAAUAUUGCGUUCUCGAAUAUGGCGAAAGUUGUGAAUUUACGUGUUGUGAUAAGUGCUACCUUGUGACUUACUAUGUUUGAAAAUGGAUAGUUAAGCAAUUAUUUAUACAAAGAAAGUGUGAUAAUAGUGUAAAUAUACGUAUUUGUUGUUAAUUUAGUGAAAAGAAAUAAAAAUGUCUACAGACAAAAUAAAAGUUGCUGUUCGGCUCCGUCCUUUUAACAGAAGAGAGCUUGAGAUGAGGGCGCCAAGUGUUGUUGAUAUCGAAAAGGAUCAAACAAUCCUCCAUCAGCCAACAUCUUUGGAUAAAAUGGAUAGAAAGCAACCAAAGACGUUUGCUUUCGAUCAUUGCUUUUGUUCAGUGGAUCCAACUAAAAAGGACUUCGCUUCCCAGGAGGUUGUUUUUGAUUGUUUGGGACGAGAUAUCCUGGAUAAUGCCUUCCAAGGAUACAAUGCAUGUAUUUUCGCAUAUGGUCAAACAGGAUCCGGAAAAUCGUAUACCAUGAUGGGUUCUCAAGAUAAUAAGGGUAUAAUUCCAAGAUUAUGCGACUCAUUAUUUGGCCUAAUAGCAAAACAACAGAGUUCAGAAUUAACAUAUAAAGUUGAAGUUAGUUACAUGGAAAUUUACAAUGAAAAGGUACAUGAUCUACUAGAUCCUCAAACAAAUAAACAAUCUUUAAAAGUCAGAGAACACAAUGUCCUUGGACCCUAUGUUGAUGGUUUGUCACAGCUUGCUGUAACUUCGUUUCAGGACAUCGACAAUUUGAUGGCGGAAGGUAAUAAAUCACGAACAGUUGCUGCAACAAAUAUGAAUAGCGAAUCAUCAAGAUCUCACGCAGUAUUUACAGUAAUACUUACCCAAACCCUGGUAGAACCUAAAACAGGUGUAACUGGAGAGAAAGUCAGUAGAAUGUCACUAGUAGAUUUAGCUGGUUCAGAACGGGCUGUGAAAACUGGAGCAGUUGGAGAAAGACUCAAAGAAGGCUCCAAUAUUAAUAAGUCGUUAACAACCUUAGGUCUAGUCAUUUCAAAAUUAGCGGAUCAAUCGUCGGGCAAAAAUAAAGAUAACAAGUUUGUGCCAUAUAGAGAUUCUGUACUAACAUGGUUACUAAAAGAUAACUUAGGGGGUAACAGCAAAACAGUCAUGGUUGCUACCAUAUCUCCGGCAGCUGAUAAUUAUGAGGAAACUCUAUCUACUCUACGGUACGCGGAUCGAGCUAAGAGAAUUGUUAACCAUGCUGUUGUUAAUGAAGAUCCAAAUGCUAGAAUUAUAAGAGAAUUAACACAAGAAGUUGAAGCUUUGAGGGAAAUGCUUAAACACGCAACAGGAUCUCCUGUUGGUGACAUUCAAAGAGUUGAUAUACAUCAAAAAUUAAAUGAAAGUGAAAAAUUAUACAAAGAAAUGUCGCAAACUUGGGAAGAAAAAUUAAUGAAAACGGAAAGAAUUCAAAACGAACGACAACAAGCUUUAGAAAAAAUGGGCAUUAGUGUGCAAGAUUCUGGUAUAAAAGUGGAGAAAAAUAAAUAUUAUUUAGUGAAUUUGAAUGCUGAUCCUUACCUAAACGAAUUAUUAGUAUAUUAUUUAAAGGAUGUUACAGUAGUAGGUGCUAGUAGUAAUGGGUCUGGUAAAGAACCAGAUAUUCAACUAUCCGGUUUGGGAAUCCAACCUGAACAUUGUAUUAUUACCAUAGAAGAUAAUGGUUUAUUCUUGGAACCUCUUGCCAACGCUAGAUCUUGCGUUAAUGGAUCUCAAGUCAGUCAGAAAACACAAUUACGUCAUGGUGAUCGAAUCGUAUGGGGUAACCACCAUUACUUUAGAGUCAAUUGCCCUAGAUCGAUAUCUGCUGCUUCAGAGCCACAAACACCAGCACAAAACAUCGAUUACAAUUUUGCAAGGGAUGAGCUAAUGACAAAUGAACUGAGCAAUGAUCCAAUUCAGACUGCAAUUGCCCGGCUUGAGAAACAACACGAAGAAGACAAACAAGUGGCAUUAGAAAAACAGCGUGUUGAGUAUGAAAGGCAAUUUCAACAGCUUCGUAAUAUGGUGUCUCCAUCAACACCUUAUGCUCCAUAUUCGUAUGAUCCUCUUAAAAUUGGUUUGAGUAAGACUGCACCUUGUACCCCCACAACUCAAAUGAAAGUGGAAAGAUGGGCGCAUGAAAGGGAUGAGAUGUUUAGGCGAAGUAUAUGUCAAUUAAAAGAGGAUAUACUUAGAGCAAAUUCAUUAGUUACUGAAGCAAACUUUCUUGCCGAAGAGAUUGGUCGACAGACUAAAUUUAGUGUUACCUUACAGAUUCCUCCAGCUAAUUUAAGUCCUAAUAGAAGAAAAGGUGCUUUUGUCAGCGAACCCGCAAUUUUAGUGAAACGAAAUAAUUCUAGUCAGGUAUGGUCGAUGGAAAAAUUAGAAAAUAAGCUAAUAGAUAUGAGAGAAUUUUAUGCAGAACAUAGAGAUAUAGAAAAUGAUCAAGAAAACAAUAACGAGAUUAAAGGACCAGAUCCAUUUUUUGAAUCACAAGAAGAGCAUAAUUUAAUAGGAGUUGCUAACAUAUUUCUUGAAUGUCUGUUUCAUGAUGUUACUUUAGAUUACCAUACACCUAUUAUUAGCCAACAAGGAGAAGUAGCAGGUCGAUUACAGGUUGAAUUGAGUAGGAUAUCUGGCUCAUUCCCUCAAGAUAGAAUUUGUGAGGCCGCUUCUGAUAGUUCAUCUGAAUGUAGUCAUGAUGAAGAAGAACAAGGUACUUCACAAGUAACCAUCCGCGUUAAUAUAAAACAAGCGUCGGGCCUACCUCUUUCUCUUGCUAAUUUCGUAUUCUGUCAGUAUUCCUUCUGGGGUUAUCCGGAAGCAGUGGUUGUACCUGAUACUGCUGAUCCUAAUGUGAAUGGCCAACCAACAACUGUUAAAUUCGAUCAUUCACAAGUCUUUACAGUUAACCUAUCUGAGGAGUUCAUGGAACACUGCGCUGAAGGAGCGCUUUCUAUAGAAGUUUGGGGAAACAGAAGCUCUGGAUUUUCAAAAUAUAAACCUGGUUGGGAAGUAGUAGAGCAACAGCUUGCUACAGCUAGGUCAUUACUUGAUAGAUGGUCUGAACUAACUAGAAAAAUAGAACUGUGGGUAGAAAUUCAGGAAUUAAAUGAUCAAGGAGAAUAUGGAGCUGUGGAAGUCGCAAUGAGAACAGACAUGCUGACGGGUGGCAUUUAUCAACUAAGACAAGGUCAACAACGAAGGAUUCAAGUGAGAGUAAAACCAGUACAGAACUCUGGUACACUUCCUAUAAUAUGUCAAGAGAUUAUUAAAAUUGAAGUAGGUGGUGUUAUUGUAAGAAGUAGAUUACAGAAACCCUUAGAUUCAUAUCAAGAAGAAGACUUAACAAUACUAAGAGAGAAAUGGAGCGACGCCCUACAGAAGAGAAGGCAAUAUCUAAAUCAGCAGCUACAAAAUUUAUCUGAAAAAACUAAUAAAACAGAACAAGACAUUGAACGAGAAAAAAGUUUAAUGGAACAAUUGGUUAAUUUAACUGAAGAAAGCAAUGCUGUUUAUAUACCGCAACCUGGAACAGGGAUACCUGGCGCUCCAGCCAUGUGGAGUCCCCCUCCUGGUAUGGAACCUCAUGUACCCGUGUUAUUUUUAGACUUAAAUGCUGAUGACUUAUCUACAAAUCCAGCUGGAGAAGAAGUAACGAUUGCAGGCGUUAAUUCUAUUUUACCAAAAGAAGAUGGGAAAGAGUUCUACAGUUUACGAAUUCUCAGUCAUUUAGAAAAAGACGUCUGUGCAGUUGCUGGUUGGGAUUCUUCAAUUCAUGAUAGCCCACAUUUAAACAAAGUUACUGAAGCCAACGAACGAGUAUAUAUGAUACUUCGUGUAACAGUACGGCUGUCUCAUCCAGCUCCAAUGGAUCUUGUCUUGAGAAAGCGAUUAGCAAUAAACGUCUAUAAACGACAGAAGUUCACAGAUAUAAUCAAAAAUCAGAUAAAAUCAAAAAUUGUUCGAACUGAUUUAGUAACGUCAUGCGGAGUUACUUAUUUAGUAGUUUCCAAUGUACCAAAAGCCAGUGAGGAAUUAGAAGGUAGAGAAAGUCUUGCACAAUUAGCAGCUUCUGGAGAAAAUUCUUCAAUGUGUGAUGGCGAAACUUAUAUAGAAAAAUAUACAAGAGGAGUGAGUGCGGUUGAGAGUAUUUUAACUUUGGAUAGGUUAAGGCAAAGUGUAGCAGUUAAAGAAUUAUUACAAGCUAGAGGUCAGCCGUUAAUGAGAAAGACAGUCAGUGUACCCAACUUUUCACAGACUUUGGAAAAUAAAAACGGGUUAAUGCGAUUAGAUCUCAGUAGUGAGUCUCUACAUAUGUCUCGAUCAGAAAGUGUUUCCGAACUCAAUAGUGAAUUGGGUACAACACCAUCACGAGGACGAUCAUCGUUUGGAAAAGACACUGAAGUAACACCACCCAAAUUUGGAGGACUAGGCUCCAUUCUCUCAGCUCGUCCCACAUUUUUAAAUCUCAACCUAAACUUGAAUUCAUUGAGAUUGCAACAACCUUCAAGUACAAAACUUUUCCCGGGUAUGGUAUCUCCAGCAAACACAAAACUAGGACUGAGAAUGACAACAUUACAUGAGGAACCAACAAAAUCGUUACCUCGAAAACAUUCUUUUGAUCUUUUAAUGGACGAUCCAAUCGAGGAGCAAGGUGAAGAGGGAAUUAAUGGAAAAACAGAAAUUCACUACGUUCAACGCAAGAAAACUUUCGCUAAAAAAUCUCUACCAAUGUCACGUACACUGGACUCAUUAACAGAAUUUGCUCCAAAACCCAAUACUCCAUCAUCCAGUUCUAGUGGUUACGGAUCUCAAGCUGUUUCAAUUACUAAUUUAUCUUGUGACGAUUCAUUAUCAAUGAAGAGUAUGAGUGUGGAUGAAACGCCAGAUUUGGAAUGUAAAUUGAACAACGACUUAGAACCUGUAUCAGAAAUGACCAACAUUUCAAAAGGAGUUGAGAGAUUAUCUGUGGAAGAAGACCAAAAUUUGACCCCCAAUGACGAAAGCUCAGAUGAUGUGAUUAAUGGUGGAGACAGUGAUUCUAAUCAAAAUCAAACAGGAAGUGACCUUAAUGAAUCAAGUUCUAUCGUGAAAACAAAUUUAUCUCCAGGAAGAGUCGUCAGAAGGAAAAAGCAAAGCUCACGUAGUCAUUAUCAUAGAGCAUCUUUUCCACAAAGUAGGACAUUAUUGUCAGAAAGUAAAUCAGCACAUAAUUUGGGUAGUAAAAAUAAUCUUGUAUUAUCAGCUGAAGACGAUAGUAUGGAUAGCUCCACCGAUCGUCUAGAAGAUGAACAUGAUAAUUUUGGUUCCCGCCCUGACCUCACUAAGUUUCAUGACGUUCCCGUCCCUGAUUGGGUAGUGUUAGGAGAAAGUGUGCUUAUUAGACCUUAUAAUUCUUCUGGAGUUGUCGCUUUUAUCGGAGAAACUGAGUUUUCUACUGGAACUUGGAUAGGGGUGGAACUGGAUGCCCCAAAAGGUAAAAAUGACGGAAGUAUCAAAGGCAUUCGUUACUUCACUUGCAAACCUAAACAUGGGAUGUUUGUAAGAGCAGAUAAGUUGAUAUUGGAUAGGAGAGGUCGUGCUAUGAGGCUUGAUAAAGCUGAAGCUCUUGCUAACAACAGUAAAUGUUCAUUAAGUAAAGAUUCACGAACUAAAUCUCGAGGGAAUGGUUUGAAUACAGCAGGUACCAGAGCGAGUUCAAAGGCCAAAUAGAACAGACAAAUAUUUCGACCAUCUUAUCAUUAAUCCACCCUAUUUAUUGCCAUUUGCCGUGUUUAACGACACAAACUGUGUGCCGUCCAUUUACAUGGCGUAGUGUUAUUUAUUUAUCCUUGCCAUUUCUUAUAUACAUAGAAUAUCAUUGUACAGAAUCAUCUAUUAAGGUCUCAAGAACGAAAACACUGUUCUUAUGGAGAAUUAUGGUGUUGAUAGAAAGAAAGAAAGAAUUAGGUCGAUAGAUGAUUGUACUAGGCAUAUUUGGUUGCACUCUUAAAACUGCGAGCACUUGGCUUGGUAUUAUACUGAUUUACUAGUAAUUUAUACACACAAAUGCCUCCAUGUAUUGAAAAGUUACAGCGGGACCAGGUAUAUUUUUUGAAAAAAAAAAGAUAUAAUUUUAUACACAAUCUCUCGCUGUAACCUUAAAAUCAUGAAUAAAUGUUUUUACAGUAUAUUUAAGCUCUGUUGCACACCAGAAGAAUCUUUAAGUUCAGCCAAAUAUCUACCUCCUGUUUGAAACAGAAACUGAUAACUUUGGCAUUGUUGAACAUUGAACAUGUUUUUCUCUAAUUUAAAGGAAACUUCGCAAAAUAAUAGUGCUAAGAAUGAAGAGCAAGAAAUGCUACCACAAAAUAUAAACAGAAUAAAUAAUAUGCUACUAAUUAUAGAUAUAUAUAUAUAUAUAUAUAUAUAUAUAUAUAUAUAUAUAUAUAUACAAAGUAUUUUUUAUAUACCAGUUACUUUAUGGCUAAUUUGUGGUUGCAAUACUUUUGUAUUUAGAGAAGAACAAUUCAACAAAUCUCCAUAAUUCCACAUAAUUGUGCCCCUACAUUUAUCACUACAUAUACACUAUUUUUAUGACAAACUGAUACAUAAUAUCAGGUAAAAUCAAUGUGUUAUAUUUUCAAUUAAUUACUUUCAUUGUUAACUGGCUUGUUAUGGAGACGUUCUGCGCAUUAUUUUUGAGAAUAAUGGAGUCAGAGCAAAUAUUUGCAAGUUGUGCACUAAAUAUGUUGUCUAGUUUCCUCUAUGCAACAUUGGCCACUUUUUUAUUUAAGCAUUUCUUUCUGUGAUAAUUAGUGUACACAGAGUUUUUUGGUUCUAACAUAUUCUGUGAAUUAAUUUAGACAUAUUUUUUGCUUGCUGUAUACUUGAACAGAGUUAAAAUAGGAUUAUGUAAUUGUAAUAGACAACUGUAGCUUACAACAAGUAUUUAACUUCUAUGUGUCUCUAGAAAAAUUUAGUGUUAAGAUAAAGAUGUAGAUGCAAUAGUAGUGAAAAUUUGUUUCGACCAUGUCUAAUUUUAUGAGAAGAAAACUUCAGUGAUAUUGUCAAUUAUUGCUUAAAGGUUAUUAAUCUUUCUAAUACAAGGGAUCAAUCUUACAGUCAUAUCUUUCAAUUUGUUUUGUGAUAAAAAAAUGAGAGCAAUUGGAAGGCACUUUUAAUUAUAAUUUUAUUUCUAUGAAGUAUACGGAUUUUUUACCUAUUGACUAAUUUUAUUAUAUUUAUCUUUAGUGAAACGUCAAUUUAAAUUAAAUAUUUUUAAUAACUUCAGUGCAUCAGAACUACUUUAAAAGUCGAAUUAAGCACUCUGGAUAAAAGUAAAAUUAACAAUUCAGCAUUCCAAGGUCAAUAUUAGAACUUUAAUCCUGAUUGUAGGUUUAUUUUAAUAAUGCACCAUUUAAUCCAGAAUUUAUUUAUGACGUUUCCACCUAAUUUCGGUCUCAAAAGAUAAAAACACUGACAUCUCUGAUAAUUACUGUAAUAAAAUCUGUUUUAACUAAACAAAUAUUCACAGAACAUAGGUAUUCUAAGAAGAAAUGCAAACUUAGUUGUUUUUCAGUGGAAACAACAUGGCGAAUUUUCGAUGUCAGUGCCCUCGAUGGUAGGUGGCAGAACUAAUCGAUUUUUGCGGUUCAUUUCAAUUUACAACAAAGAAUAUCUACUGUAUUCUAUGUUGUCCGUUUCCAUUCAGUUCCGAUUUCGCAGUUUCCUGAAUUCAUGAUAAAAAAAACACCUUAUAUCUGGGACACGUUCAUUUACAAAAUAAUAUUGACUUACAUUUUCAACUAAACCAAGUAAAAUUAGUAGACAUGAUUAUAAUAUCACUUUUAAAAUGAAAACUGACAAAAUACAGAUUUUUCUAACAAAAAAAUUGAAAAGUGUAAUAGGGAAAUGAAUAUUAACCAGAAAUAAAACAGUAAUUUAGUUGAACAGAACAAACAAAAGUCCUGAAAACGAGUCUCAAAACCAAAACAAUAAAUGAAGCCAAUUACACAUAAUACAGCCUUUUAAAGUAAACAAAAAUAAAUUUGCCCUCUGUAAACAUAAACCAAUAAAAAUAAAAUAAAUCAGUCUUCUAUAAUAAGCAAAAGAAAAUUUUGAUCCCACAUGAAAGGUGAUCAAGUUCAUUAAUUUUAUUCACAUGGAGCUUCAUUUUUUCCAUGAUACCAGGUAUUCUCACCUAGGACUUCUUUUGUACAUAGAAAGAGCAAAAGUUAUCAUGUAUAGUACAUCGUUUUGCUGUCGAAGAAUAUUUCUUAUCUAUGAAUAAAUGAAUUCUUUCAUUACAUUAUUUAAACUUUCUUCUAUACACUCAAAUGUUCCAAUUUUAUACAUCUUCUUUAACUGAUCUUUGUUGCUCUUAUUUCAUGAACUUGUACAUAACCAUUUCCCUAAGUGUUCUUGCUGGUUCCAGCUACAGACAAAAAAACCGUUCUUUAUUUGUCAAAACUACUAAUUUCCUCUGUAACAUGGAAUCUGAAAAUCUACUUGAAUACUCCAAUUGCUCUUCUAUAGGUAAAUUGUCAGAUUUUAGGGUAUGAACACUCGAACUAUCAACUUGAUGCUCUUCGACAAUCAUAUCAGUGUUUACUAUACCUGUAUUUACAACAUAUGCAUGUUCUGGGUUUAGUAUACAAUCAACUGUGAUCUUCAUAAAUGAAAGUAGGCAAUGAAGACAGAUGAGAGGUAGGAAUAGAUGGGAUAGCUUCAUACUUCAAAUGUUUUAUAUUAAAAUAUGUAAAAUCGGUUUCCAGAAAAUGAUUUUCACUGAAGCGAUAAUUUGGUGUUGAGCAUUUAAUUUAACACAAUUUUUCCUAUUUAGAACACAUCAGGAAAGCAUUUUACAAAUGUAAAAAAAUUUUUCUUCCCUUCCAUGUAUUUAUUAUUGCACCUUGAAAAUUUACAUCUAUACUUUACUCUGUCACUUACCUUCAAGUCCAUCCUGAAAUAUUAAAUGGAAAAUUACAGAAAAUAAUACUUAGCUGUUAAUUUUUCAGUUAGUUCCAAUAUAUAUUCUCUACAUACAAUCUGGAGGAAAUGUGGCAGGAAUUAAAAAAUUGAUAGCGAAUGACAUAUUGACAUUGACAGUAAUAACACAUUUUUAUUACAGUAGCGUCACGAUUGGUAGGUGGCAGAACUAAAUUUGUAUUGCCGAGAGUUACAUACAAGUUGACCUUCUUUUUGGUAUGUACUGUGCAAAUAUGACCUUUUUGGUAUGUUCUGUCCAAAUAUUUUUCAAUCUUAUGUCAUAUUUCAAUCUUCAAUAAACGAAACUAUGAUUGAUUUGAAUUGAUAGUUCCUUUUUGUAUAUUGUGAAUUCAGGAUAGCUAAAAACAGAUAAUGUUUUAAUAUUCGAGUGGUAGAUGAUCUAUUGAUUCGUGUGAUUGUCAGUCAAGUUGGACUUUGAUAAAGACCAAAAUAACAUCAAAAUGUGAAAAAUAUUCACUAUGGUAAAAUACAUAAUUUAUUAAAAUAGAUACCUAUAAAGUAAGGAUCAUGUAUUCACGAAAAUAUAUUUUCAGGCUUGUUUUUCUUGUGCAAUACUUCAUUAUUGCUUCUUAAUACUAUAUUUGAUUAUUAACAUUCCAUAGAAAAUUAAUUUCCACUAGCUUUUAGCCUUAUUUGACAGUAUCAUUUUAGUUCUAUUCACAAAAUAACAUUCCAGAAAAAGUGUCUAAUUCUAGAAUUGCAAUAUAAUCUAGUCUCUGUGGUUUAUUUACUGCUCAGCGACUUUAAGGUUUAGUCGUCCACUGACUGUGACUGAAGGAAUAAGAAUGAUAAAAUACAGUCAAUUUUUUCCAAAUGUUAAAAGGUGGCAAGUAAAAACUAUUUAGUUUAUUAGAAAAAAUAUAAGAGAUUAAUUUGGGGGAAAUACUAUAUAGUCACUAGAAUAUUUUUAAAUGUAUAAUCUAGCUAACAAGUAACAAUCAUAUUUUUGUAUGUUGGUAAUUAAUUCUGUACUCAAAUACACUCUGUGUUUGUCAUCCCAUACGACAUAACAAAAAAAGAGAUCUGUAAAAUCUGAUUUAACAUUAUUUUUGAGAAAUUGUCGAUUUUUUUAUUCAUUGUACUCUUCUAUGAAACAAUAUUGUAUAAAACACUGCAUUUUAUGAAUAAUAAAAAUAACAUUUUUUCAAUAGCAUAUGGAAGGGUAUUCGCCAUAAGUCAACAACAUUAACUUUAUUUUUUUCUAAAUAAAAUAUUGAUUAAAUUAAAACGUAUUAUUUCGUUCAUACAACAAGAGUUAAUUGUUAAUACUAAUCUAACUUAUUUAUUUCAAUUCAUUAUCAAUACUAAUCACUUCUUCACAUAGUUUAAAAACACUACUAUAGUAGCUUUUUGCUAACUAGACAAAUUACUAGUUGUAAACGAUUAAAUUUCUGAGUUUUAAUAUAUUCAAAACAUAGUGUUGUAGUUUGCUGCAAUUUUUGAUUCGUACCUAAUAACGCAUCUCAAGAAACUAUAGUUAUUUGUUGUCUUAAAUUAGUUAGUGCUUUAACAUUCAGGUAAAAACUGUUAGCGCCGUCUUUGAUAGGAGCAAAUAUAUCAAGAGUGCCCCCUAAUAAACAAUCUAUCUGAGUUUCGAAUUUAAUAUUGUUUAUCAUUCUCAUAACCUCCGUCAUUUAUCCCAGUCAACAAAAUAAAAUACUAGACCUUUUCUUGUCCAAUUUAAAUAAUUCUGUCCAAUUUGUUAUAUAAUAUAGUGUAUUAUAUUAAACCAACAUUAUUUUUUACUAUUAUAAAAUGAUCUGUGUGAGAAUAAGAAUCAUUUACUUGUCAACUACAAUCAAAUCUAAUCGUGAUUGCUCUAAAGAUACAAAUGAAUUUUUAAAAUAAGUAACAUACUCAUUAACAAAUUUAAGACAUAUUCCAAAUCUUAUGAACAUACUAAACUAUUUUGUCAGCUAUUCAAUAAACCAAAAUGAAUUGUAUGUAAUAUAAAUUCAUUGUUUAUUAUUAUGACUUCAUUUAAUGUAAUCAUUUAUUACCAUUGAAUAAAUAAACUCCUGGCCAAAAUUAA